GGCCCUCAAGGAAAAAAAGAGACAGAGAAAGAGAGAGACAAGGGAGGACGAGGAGGAGGAGGGGAGGAAGGAGGUGGGGAAAGACCUGCUCCCAUUACCAGCCUGGCAGCAGUCUUGGCUGUGGCUGCAGGAGCCCCUCGCCCAACUUGGUGGCCCUGGGGGCCAGGGUGGCCACCUGGGGACCCUGACCCCACCGCCUGGGCCCCGCAGCCGUGGGAAGCCAAGCCCCACUCAUCCCUGGCCAGCGCAACCGCCAAGAGCCUGCGGCCGGCCCCGCCGUUGCUCCCAGGCUCGCAGCCCGCCGUGUGCUGGGGGGCGAUACCACGUGCCCCCUGGAUGCCGCCGGGAUGCCCAGCGCGUCGCUGCACUAGCUUGGAGCACGGUGCCGACCCCCGCCACCCGUAGCCCUUGGCGUGAACGCGGCAUCGCUCUGGCACCAUGGCCCCAGGCACCCCGUGAGGGUGCGAGCCUCGCCGCGUCGGGGCUCGGCCGCCGCCCCGCCAUGCUGCUGGGCCCCUGGCUGGUGGCGGCGGCGGCGGCGGUGGCGGCGGGCGCCGGGGAGGGCUGCCCGGCGCUGUGUGCGUGCCACGGGCAGGCAGUGGACUGCAGCGGGCAGCGGCUCUUCUCAGUGCCCGCUGAGCUGCCGCUGGACACCGGCAACCUCAGCCUGGCACACAAUCGCAUCGCCAGCAUCCCGCCGGGCUACCUGGCGUGCUACGGGCAGCUGCGCGCCCUCGACCUGCGCAACAACUCGCUGGCCGCGCUGCCCGCUGGGCUCUUCCUGGGCGCGCGCCGGCUGGCACACCUCGACCUCAGCUACAACAACUUCAGCCUGGUGCCUGCCGACAUGUUCCGAGAGGCCAGUGGGCUGCUGCGCCUCGACCUCAGCCACAACCCCGGGCUGCGUCGCGUGCACCCGCUGGCGUUCCGCGGGCUGGUGCAGCUGCGCGAGCUCGACCUCAGCCACGGGGCGCUGGCGGCCAUCAGCCUCGAGGCGCUUGAGGGGCUGCCUGGGCUCGUGGGGCUGCGCCUCGGCGGCAACCCCUGGCUCUGCGGCUGUGCCAUGGAGCCCUUCCUCAAGUGGCUGCGGGGACGCAUCCAGCGCUGUGCCUCGGAUUCGCAGGUGGCCGAGUGCCGGGCUCCCCCCGAGGUGGCGGGGGCCCCGCUGCUGUCGCUGACGGAGGAGAGCUUCCAGGCCUGCCACCUCACCCUGACGCUGGACGACUAUCUCUUCAUCGCCUUCGUCGGCUUCGUUGUCUCCAUCGCCUCGGUGGCCACCAACUUCCUGCUGGGCAUCACCGCCAACUGCUGCCACCGCUGGAGCAAGGCCAGCGAGGACGAGGACGUUUAGGUACUGCUGCCAUCGCCGGCGUCCCCCAGCACCGGCCAACACUGCGGGGACGCUGACCGUGCCUUGUCCUCGUCCCCUCCCACCACCCCCCGUGCUGGGGCGGCCCUCAAGACACCAGUGGGGGACGCCAGGAGACAGAACCUCCUGCUUUUGCCCCAAAAUGGGGAGUUUUCACCCCAGCAGGCACCCCUGGUGCCAGGACCCCUCUUGCUCCUGCUCCCGGGGCUGUGGAGUGUGGGACCGUGUGGGAGCCGUCCCACGGUAUCGGUUGGUGAGACUGGGGGCUUCAGCCAGGGACAAACCCCCCUGCUUGGGGGAGGCACCCCUGGAUCAUCACAGAAACCCCUGCUUUUGACCCCAAAGCAGCACCGGGGGAGGCUGUUCGACUCCUGCCAUGCUCGCCAGCCUUCCCAAAAGGAUGAGGGGCCAAGCCCAGGACCCAGUGCCAGCACCCAGCUCAGCACCACUGCUCCCGUGGCACACCGGCGCCUUGCUGGUGACACCAGGCCACGCCGCGACAGCACCGGGGAUGCCGUGCCAAGCUGCCAGCAUCUUCUGGGGAUGGAUUUCCCAGCCACGUUUCCAUCCUUGCCUUUCUCUUCCAAAGCCUCACACAGGUUUGAGGCCAAACCGGGCACUGCGCAUCACCUGAGAGCUGUGAGACCCUGUCACCCCGUCCCUGCUCCCCACGUGGGGACGCAAAAGGAACGCCAAAAAAGAGACAAAAAAAAAAGAAAAAAAAAUAAGAAA